AUGUCUUCCUCCGCCUCCUUCUACUCCAACCCCUUCGCCGGGCCGGACCCCGCCGACAUCCGCGACAUCAACAUCCACGACCGCGUCCCCGUUGUCCUCGAUGCCAUCGACGCCACGUACUUCGCGUGGAAAACAUACUUCUCGCUGCUCUUCCGCAAGAACAACCUCGUGGAUCACGUUGACGGCUCCGUCGACUCCCGCGCCAUGGUGGGCGACUCCGAGUGGACCGCGAUCGAUGCCACGCUUAUCCGGUGGUUCUUCACCACCAUCUCGAAGGACCUGUUUCACACGGUCGUGAGCGAUGUCGAUGACUACUGCCGCCGCCUGAAGACGUUGGCGGAUGAGCUCCGUGACAUUGGCGCCAAGGUUGAUGACGACCUCCUCCUCAGCACGCUCACCGCCGGCCUCAACAAGGACUUCGGUAACGCCGUCUCCAACCUCUCCCUCAUACCGGAGCCCUCCUUCCCCAAGUUCGUGGCAUACUUGCGGUUGGAGGAGCGCCGGAUGAAGGGGGUCAAGAAGCGCAUGCAGCACCACGCCCUCGCCGCCGGCACCUCGCGUGGUGCCCCUCCACCGUCCGCCCCGCCCGCGCCCCCCGUGCCUCCGGGGUUUUACCCCCUCCCGCCUGCGCCCCCCGCUCCACCCGCUGCCCCCAGCAGCCGCAGCAGGGUGGCGGGCGCCACGGCAACUGCCGCGGGGGAGGUCGCAAAUAGGCGCAAGGGGGGGGGGAGGGCUCGCCAGCAGCAGCAGCAGGCCACCCCGCCCUGGACUUACGGCACCAACCCGUGGACGGGCGUCGUCCACGCGUACUCGAUGCCGGUUCCUCGAGCUCCCGCUCCGGGCAUUCUUGGGCCUCGGCCGGCGAGCCACCAGGCGCUCUUCAUCGCGCAGAACGCCGCCCCCUACAGCGGCUAUGGCGUCGCGCCCGUGCCUACGCCCGCCUACGGCGCCGCUCCCGCGCCGGCCUACGGAGGGUUUCUCCCUCCCCAGGUGCCGCCGCCGUGGGACCCGGCCCUUCUCGCUGCUCUGCACUCUGCCUCGUCACCGAGCUCCUACGGUGGCGGCGGUGACUGGUACAUGGGCUUGGGCGCCACCGCUCACAUGACUGCUCAUCCCGUUACCAAUCUUGUUUCUGUUCGUCGCCUUGCUCGUGAGAACCCUAUUACUGUUGAAUUUGACAAUAUUGGCUUUUCUGUGAAGGACGCCCGUACACGGAUGUUCGGUCGUCCUAUUCUCGCCUUGCAAACUGACAACGGCAAGGAGUUUGACAACGUCGCCGUCCGCAAUCUUCUUGCGUCCCACGGCACCAUUUUCCGCCUCACUUGUCCCUACACGUCCGAGCAGAAUGGUCGCGCCGAGCGCGUCGUUCGCACUCUUAAUGACUGUUUUCAGCAGGUACCGUCGCCCUCGGCGUCUCCCACGGCGCUGUUCGCCCCUGCCUCCUCCUCUGGCGAACCGCCCAGCCGCGCACUGGGCUCGGCUCUGCCCGCGCUCCCCGCGCCGGCGGCCCCCGUCGCCGCGGCCCCCUCGGUCGCCCCCGUCGUCACAGCUGCAUCCCUCACCGGUGUGGUCACACGGGCUCGGACUGGGACACUUCGUCCUAACACAGCUAUAUGUCUGACGAGUACGCGUGUGCUGCGUCUACCUCGGCACCGUCUCCGCUCCCCACCUCCGCUUGCGCAGCCCUUCGGGAUCCGAACUGGCUAG